UUUUUUCUCAGCGAAGAUCAACCGAAACGAACGGUGCCGCUCUUGAGGGGAAAUGAAAGCCUACAGAACCGCUUAUCUGUUGAAAUCAUUAUAAACUCGUUGACAAACAGCUGGCCUCCAAACGUCGUACCCAGUCAACCAAAAUAGAAAUCCGAUAAUAUCGACAAUUGGUACAAAGAGACGGAUCAUUUGUUUGAACAAGAAAGAAAAAGUCGGCCAACAACACAGAGGACAUUUCCACGAAAAGCCACCCAAUUCAGCUCAUUUAUUGCUCACGUGAAGGUUCAACUGACCAUCGCGAGGUCAAUCAAAACAAUUUGAGCAAGGAAAACUCGUGUUUCCCCUCUGUUAAUAACACCUAAAGUCAUUGGCCCGCGCCGACUUCAGCACCUUUUAAAUUUCUUCUUUCCACUGUGCGUGGGAGACAAGUUAAUGGCAAUGAACGUGGUCUAAAACAGCAAGCACUUCGGAAAGACUCGACGCGUCUCUUUGCCGCACCGCCUGGUGACGACUUCUUUUUCAGGAACUGUCGUUCAGAAAGUCAAGUGAAAACGGUAUCACUUUCAGUAGUGCUUUUUAACCCAAACAGAUUUUUAGCCCACGAGCAGGGUUUUGUAUUUAAACAGAACAGGGCAACAAAAAAUAUUGUUGUCUCUUUGUGCACAUUAGUGGAAAAACCUCGGCGUUAAUUCGCUUAAUUGAUAAUCUGCCAAAGUGAAGGAAGCGCUCUUUAGCCAGGAGAAUAUAAAAGGUUGUCAAGAACUACCUACGGCGAGGGCUUAACUGAGGAAAAGGAGGUUCAUCGUGUUUCGUCAACGUCUUGAAACUAAGUCGUGAAAGAAUUUGCAAAUUUCUGUCAUUCAGAAGAUCGGGUUGCUUAAUUCGGAUAGGAGACAAGUGGAAAAAUAAUCUGGCCGACCUUAAAAACUGUCAAGAAGAAAAUAUACUGUAGGUUUGCACGUCUAAGAGGAGUCAUCGCCAAAGAAAGACCACGCAGAUAAAGAAAUCAAAGCGUUUAACCGUUGCGCAGGACGGGGAUUUGCGAAAAGGAAAGAUUAGCGGGUGAAUAUUUCCAGUUCAAGAGAGAGAGAGAGCUCUUCACAGACAUUUAAACUAGAUAACCUUAGGAGUUUAAUCCCAAUCUUUGGACCACGCAGAGAAGCUUGAAUCUGUUAAAUUAAGUCGUAGUCAUCGUGGUAAUCUACGAGCAAGUCAAAACAAACUUCUCUAGUGUGCAUUUGGAUCGCAUUUUAGUGAAUAUAAAGUAAUAUCGCUGAACAUGGAAAACAACGACACUCUCCCUGAUUCGUACUUCGAUGCGGUUUUCGACAGCUUUCUCAUCCUUCUCAGCGUCGCUGUAAUAGCCGUCAAUUUGCUGGUCAUCUCGCUGUUUGUUUGUCGAGAAUAUCUGCAAACGAAGACCAACAGUUUGUUGAUCAGCCUCGCUGUAUCCGAUCUACUGGUCGGCCUGGUCGGGAUACCAAUGAAUGUGAUUUGUAACGCCUUCCUCGGUGUUGGGGUGUGCAUGGCAGGUGCUCUUAUCUAUCGUUUCAUCGCUGUCUCCACCAUGUACCACAUUCUACUAGUAACUCUUGAACGCUACAUUUAUGUAAUGUACCCCAUGAAGUACAUAAAUAUCGUUACUGUACCGCGUCUACUCAUGGUCAUAGCCUCAGUGUGGAUCUUCUCCCUGUUUGCCGCUCUGAUUCAACUCGCCUGGCUUGACCCUUCAAACUUUUUUUACCAAACGAAAACCCCUGAAGAGAUAAGGUUCGAUGUGGGAUACCACAUCUUUGGAAGCGUGUUCUGCUUCUUUCUCCCCGCAAUAAUAAUGGCCUACAGCUAUGUCCGCAUGUUUCUGGUCAUUCACCGACAAAUUAAAGAGAUCCGAGGGUUGUACAACACUCGUAGUGCUGGACACGCAAAUCAAAAAGCACCCAUCGCCACUGAAGCACGAGCCUUGUGUAUUUUCGCCAUAAUGCUUACAGUCUUCAUAAUUUGCUGGCUUUCCUUUUAUGUAAGUGGUUUUCUUUUUGCAGUACUGCCCGGAUCCGUGCUGGGGCUGUCCGAUGAACUGUUCAUGGCGUUUGAUUACAUUCGUUUCUCGGUGGCUUUUGUCAACCCCUUUCUGUACGCGUUUCUCAAGCGCGAUUUCUCACGCGCGCUCAAAUCACUGUGUAGAAGGGACGGAGUUCAGCCAGGUGAGCUUGCCUCGACAGCUUCCGGGUCACGCUUUCGAACGCUGACAAUCAAUUUCUCUUUAUCGAGAUCCUCGGACAUGUACAGGGAUGCAUAACUAAGCUUUUCUAGUGAGUGAUAAAGUGCAGAUUGGUGUGGAGUCAAUCUAUGCUACAUAGCUGGUAUUCCAAUCUCUUUUUAACGUUUCAAGAGACUAGCGUUACUCGAUACGGUUAAUCUCGUCUGAAACUGAGCCACAAACAAUUUCGACGAUGGUGGCAAACAAGAUUGUCGCUCCCAUGGAAAGAAGAGAGCAAAAUCGACAAAGGAACCAAUUUAUAUAGUACAUUACGCAUUCCGCACUAUCCUCCCAAAAAAUAAUGGAAAACAAAUAAUAAUAGAAAACAAAAGAAAAUUUAUUUAAAAAGCUAGAGCAAGCCACAUUAUAAACACUUAUAAAAAUAAAAAAGAGGCGAUUUUUUCGCGAUGUAAGAGAAGUCGGAAAAAAAGACCUUCCUCAUUUUCCUUGACCACAGUGAAAAAGGGAGAGCUAAAAUAAGGGAUCGUCAAAUGGUGUUCUGUUAUCUAGGAGAGUUUGCAGCUGGUGUUCCAAGCCAUUUUUAUAAUUUUAAAUUUUCAUAAUUUACUUUGGAAAUAUAUCACACACAUUUGAAGCAAAGCAGCUCCUUAGAUCACUGACAUUUACGACGGAAGAAAAGCAAAUAUCGUCAAAACAUCACCGGGAAGCCUGCCAUUGCUGCCGAUUGAGGAAGGCAACUCUGUGAGUGGUCAGUAGAGAGAUGUACUUGCACUGAACGUUUCUAUUAGAUACAUAGCUAUACAUAAACAAAGGAUUAGAAAUAGAUCUUUUAUAGCGUUCAUAAAUAAGUCAGUGAGGUGAAUGCGAGUGACUGAAAUUUUAAUGUUAUUCCGUUUGUGUAUUAUUAAGUGGUUGAAUUAUGCCAAAAGUCACAAUUUCCCCGCGAGUGCGGCAAAUCGACCCUGCUUAAAAACCGAUAUUGCUCGUUAAGAGUCAGUGAAAUCCCGGUUCCGCUGGUUUACAAAAGAUAAGCUGCGAUUUCUUUGGUUUAAAAUCAAAUUAAUACAAAAACGCGAUAAAUGGUUGUUAGUUCCACGAAACAAAGGUAAUUUUUCAUGCUUCCCGGACUUGUCUUUAAAUCGCCCCUGGUGGCGGCGAAGCAAAGAAGCUGAAUAGCUUGGGGCACAUUAUUAACAAAAGGCAUGUUGUACAUUUUGCUUUGACUUCAUUAAUGGCCAGAUUUCACAGUAGCUUUCUUAAAGAACAAACGACCUCGUUUUCCCAAUUUUUCAAGAUGGUCAGGAGAAGGGUACGCACUUGAAAAACUCUUUUUCCUAACUAUUUCAAGGCGCAAUUGUUUUGAUAAAACAAUCAAUUGUGGUGUGUUUGGAAAUUUCUAUUGUUUUUUUUUCCGCAGUUUAUUUUUCCUCAAUAAAAUUAACUUUGUCGGCGAACAGCCAAAACUCAGAUCAAGUAAAUGAAAACACAAAAAAUACAACCGGGACAGUUUUUAAUAGGAGACUUCCAAAUCCAUUUCGGCAAGUGUCUACUUGUCAUAAGUGAUGAUGGAAAUUUAAUGUAGAUUAGGUGGUUUAACGUAUUUGUUUUAGGCUUAACAAUGGACAUCGUAAAUUAAAGGAUUAGAUUCAGUUUUUUGAAACUGAUCUCCACAUCUAUUCCUUUUUAAAGCAAAAACGGAGGGGGUAAAAAGACGCUUACUCACUGGCAGCUAUUAAACUAGAGUGAAGAAGUCACACACAUCGCAAAUUUAACACAAAACAGAAUUUCAUCAGCGCUUUAACAUUGACUUCUGAUGCAAAAGCUUAUAUAUAAUAGCUUUAUCCAUUUUGCAAUAGGAUUAGCUGUAUAGAUAGAGACAGAGCGUCCUUUUAUCCCAGAAAAUCCGGCAAAGAGCCAAGUAAAAGUAAAGCGGAAGAUUAAAGGAAGUUGUUGGCAAGGACUAAUGAUAUGCCUGAGAAAAACAGUUCAGACGGUACCCUCAAUUUAAACAUGGAAUUAUGCUUCAAUUCUGGAAAAAAAAAAUUCAUGCUAUGACUAUGAAAAUGCAUGGUUAUCGAGUCUCCCCCCGCCCCCCCUCGGCUCGAAAAUUUUUAAAAUUUCUCUAGGACUUUCGAAAGUUUCGUGACAUUUCACGAACGUCAACUGUUGUUUUACAGGCGAGAAUAAUUCCGAAUUUUCUGUUGUCUAGAAAUGCAUGCAGGCAAGUACCUGUUACCAGUUGAACGCGGCUAUUUAAUUUGCCCUUAUUUCAUUCAAGCUGAUUUGUUGAUCUAAAGUAUAGUUCAAACUUUCCACUCUAUGGGUCCGAUGGGUUCCCACUCAAAUGCGGCCUUGUCCACACGUAUCCGGAUAUUAAUGAAAACGGAGACUUCUUCCACCGUUGUCGAAAAAAUACGCGUCCACAAGUAGCGUAUUCGAAUCGUUUUCGCCCGUCCACACGAAAACGCUAAGACAACGAAAACACAACAGCAUCCCUUAAAGGGCAUGCGCUGUAUCAAGAAUGAUAUUAUCGUAUUGAAUUGGGAAGCCUCCGUUUUCGUCCUAUCAAGCAGGCGUUUUCAAAAAUCUUGCUUUUUUGGUGCCCGAUACGCCGUUUACGUGCGGAGGGGGCCUGAAACAAAAGGGUUGACAAGGCGCUGGCAGUCGCAACGUCUGCUCUUCACUCUUUUCACGUCGUGUUUCACUAACGAGCGUUGGAAACUGGUCUGACUACGAGUUUUCACAGUUACGUUUGGUGCUUUGGCUCUCUUGAAAUGUGCAUAAAAACGCAUUUUGUAUAUUUCAAUAUAAAAUCGCAUUCCUAGUCAGGUUGAAUAAAAUGUUCUGCCCGCGUUCUAAGAUCAAAGAUACACGUUACUUUAAUGUCAGUUAAGUUAAAAUGUCACUGGCUAGUUGCUCAUAACUCGAAGACUGUGUAAAAACGAACCAACCAGCGUGUGUUGU